UCUCCCUCUCCCCUGCAGCGAUGAAUCUGCUGGGGCUGAAUUGGCAGCUGCAGCCAGUGUACGGCCCCCUGUUGAACAACGGUCUCGGAGCAGCGCUACCCGGCAACAGCGAUGUAGCAACAGUGCCCUCUGGUGCCAGAGGGGCGUGGGCGUUGCGGAACAGCAGCAUCGACACAGGCGACCUGGAAGUGGGACGGCGGGUGACCCAGGAAGUGCCGCCCGGAGUGUUCUGGAGGUCCCUGCUCCACCUCAAACAGCCCCAGUUCCUCAAGUUCAACAUCUCCCUGGGCAAGGACGCCCUGUUUGGGGUCUACAUCCGCAAAGGCCUGCCCCCCUCCCAUGCCCAGUAUGACUACAUGGAGCGCCUGGACGGGAAGGAGAAGUGGAGUGUGGUGGAGUCGCCACGGGAACGGCGCAGCAUCCAGACGGUGGUCCAGAAUGAGGCGGUGUUCGUGCAGUACCUGGACGCCGGCAUCUGGCACCUGGCCUUCUACAACGACGGCAAAGAGAAGGAGUCCGUCUCCUUCAGCACCGCCAUAAUGGACUCCAUCCAAGAGUGCCCGAGGAAUUGCCAUGGCAAUGGAGAGUGCGUGUCCGGAGUGUGUCAUUGCUUCCCUGGAUUUCAUGGCAUGGACUGCUCUAAAGCGGCCUGCCCUGUCUUGUGCAGUGGUAAUGGCCAGUAUGAUAAGGGCUCGUGCAUCUGCUACAGCGGCUGGAAGGGCCCCGAGUGUGACGUUCCUGUCAGCCAGUGCAUCGACCCCGUGUGCAGUGGUCACGGCUCCUGCACCGAGGGCACCUGCGUCUGCUCACUGGGCUACAAGGGAGACAGCUGCGCCGAGGUGGAUUGCCUGGAUCCCACCUGCUCUAACAACGGUAUCUGUGUGAAUGGGGAGUGCCACUGUAAGCCGGGCUGGGGGGGCCCGCACUGCGAGCUGCCGCGUGCCCAGUGCCCGGACCAAUGCCACGGGCACGGGGCCUUCAUCCCCGACACGGGCCUCUGCAGCUGCGACCCCAACUGGAUGGGCCCCGACUGCUCUGUCGAGGUGUGCUCGGUGGACUGCGGGACGCACGGCGUGUGUAUGGGCGGCGCGUGCCGCUGCGAGGAAGGCUGGACGGGCGCCGCGUGCGACCAGCGCAUGUGCAACCCGCUGUGUGUGAAGCACGGCACCUGCAAGGACGGCAAGUGCGAGUGCCAGUCGGGCUGGAACGGAGAGCACUGCACCAUCGAUGGUUGUCCGAACCUGUGUAACGGGAACGGGCAGUGCACCAUGGGACAGAACAGCUGGCACUGCGAGUGCAAGACCGGCUGGAGGGGUUCCGGCUGCAGCGUCGCCAUGGAGACCUCCUGCGCCGACAACAAGGACAAUGAAGGAGAUGGCCUGACCGACUGCAUGGACCCCGACUGCUGCAUCCAGAGCCCCUGUCAGAACAGCCCGCUGUGCCGCGGCUCCAAGGACCCGCUGCAGGUCAUCCAGCAGAGCCUGGCGCCGGCCCAGAAGGUCCGCUCCUUCUACGAGCGCGUCCGGAUGCUGGUGGGCCGCGACAGCACCCACAUCAUCCCCGGCGACAACCCUUUCAACGCCAGUCUCGCGUCCCUGAUCCGGGGUCAGGUGCUGACCACAGACGGUACCCCGCUGGUGGGGGUGAACGUGUCCUUCGUCAAGUACCCCCACUAUGGCUACACCCUCACCCGUCAGGAUGGCACUUUUGACCUGGUGGCGAACGGCGGUGCCUCCCUGACUCUUCACUUUGAGCGCGCCCCCUUCCUGAGCCAGGAGCGCACGGUGUGGCUGCCUUGGAACAGCUUCUACGCCAUGGACACGCUGGUGCUCAAGACCGAGGAGAACACCAUCCCCGGCUGUGACCUCAGCAACUUCCUGCGGCCCGACCCGGUGGUGGUGCCGUCGGCCCUCUCCUCCUUCUUCAGCUCCAGGCCUGCAGAACGCUCCAUCAUCCCAGAGACUCAGGUUCUCCACGAGCAGAUCGAGAUCCCGGGCACGGUUCUGAAGCUGUGCCACCUGAGCUCCCGAGCGGCCGGCUACCGCUCGCUGCUGAAGAUCACCAUGACCCAGGCGGUGGUGCCACUCAGCCUGGUCAAGGUGCACCUCAUGGUGGCGGUGGAAGGACACCUCUUCCAGAAGUGGUUCCACGCCUCGCCCAACCUGGCCUACACCUUCAUCUGGGACAAGACAGACGCCUAUGGCCAGAGAGUCUACGGGCUGUCUGAGGCUGUCGUGUCAGUAGGGUAUGAGUAUGAGACGUGUCCCAGUCUGAUUCUGUGGGAGAAGAGAACCGCUGUGCUGCAAGGUUACGAGCUGGAGCCAUCCAGCCUGGGCGGCUGGUCUCUGGACAAACACCACACACUCAACCUGCGCAGCGGCAUCCUGCACAAGGGGAGCGGCGAGAACGUCUUCAUCUCCCAGCAGCCCCCUGUGAUCACGAGCAUCAUGGGUAACGGACGACGCCGCAGCAUCUCCUGCCCCAGCUGUAACGGCCUGGCCGACGGCAACAAGCUGCUGGCGCCCGUGGCGCUGGCGGCGGGCAUCGACGGCAGCCUCUACGUGGGCGACCUCAACUUUGUGCGUCGGGUCUACCCGUCCCUCAACACCACACGCAUCCUGGAGCUCAGAAACAAAGAUUUUCGACACAGUAACAACCCCACCCAUAAGUACUUCCUGGCCGUGGACCCGGUGUCCGGUGCGCUCUUUAUCUCGGACACCAACUCGCGGCGGAUCUACCGCGUGCGCUCCCUGACCGGCGGGCGUCUGCUGGCGGAGAACGCGGAGGUGGUGGCGGGGACCGGGGAGCAGUGUCUGCCCUUCGACGAGCGCUGCGGAGACGGGGGCAAAGCGGUGGAGGCCACACUCAUGAGCCCCAAAGGAAUUGCGGUGGAUAAGUAUGGACUCAUGUACUUCGUGGACGCCACCAUGAUCCGGAAGGUCGACCAGAACGGCAUCAUCUCCACCCUGCUGGGUGCCAACGACCUCACCGCCGUCCGGCCCCUCAGCUGCGACUCCAGCAUGGACGUCAGCCAGGUGCGUCUGGAGUGGCCCACAGACCUGGCUGUGAACCCCAUGGACAACUCGCUGUACGUGCUGGAGAACAACGUCAUCCUGCGCAUCACGGAGAACCACCAGGUGAGCAUCAUCGCCGGGCGGCCCAUGCACUGCCAGGUGCCGGGCAUCGACUACUCCCUCAGCAAGCUGGCUAUUCACGCGGCCCUGGAGAGCGCCACGGCCAUCGCCAUCUCGCACGACGGCGUGCUCUACAUCGCCGAGACGGACGAGAAGCGCAUCAACCGCGUGCGGCAGGUGAGCACGGGCGGCGAGAUCUCGCUACUGGCCGGCACCACCUCCGAGUGCGACUGCAAGAACGACGUCAACUGCAACUGCUUCGCCGGCGACGAGGGCUACGCUCCCGACGCCAGCCUCAACUCGCCGGCCUCGCUGGCCGUGGCGCCCGACGGCACGCUCUUCGUGGCCGACCUCAGCAACAUCCGCAUCCGCGCCGUGCGGCCCAAUCGGCCGUUGCCGACCCCGGUCGGCCGCUUCGAGGUGGCCUCGCCCCAGGAGCAGGAGCUCUACAUCUUCAACGACGAGGGCCUCCACCUGCAGACCAUCUCGCUGGUGACGGGCGAGCCGCUCUUCAACUUCAGCUACGGCGCCGACGGCCUUCUGGCUGCGCUCACCGACAGCUCCAACAACACGCUGCGCGUGCGCCGGGACGGCGCGGGUCAGGGCGGCUCAGCGGGCCUGCUGCGGCUGGUGCUGAUGCCCGAGAACCAGGUGGUGACGCUGGGCCUGGACCCGGCCGGCAGCCUGCGCUCGGUGUCGGCGCUGAACCGGGAGAUCGUGCAGCUGGGCUACAGCGGCAGCACCGGCCUGCUGGCCAUCAAGGCUGACGAGACGGGCUGGACCACCUUCUAUGAGUACGACAGCGAGGGCCGGUUGACCAACGUCACCUACCCGACAGGGAUGGUCACCAGUCUGCACCGCGAGAUCGAGCGCUCCAUCAACAUCGACAUCGAGAGCUCCAACCGCGACGACGACGUCACCGUCAUCACCAACCUGUCCUCUGUGGAGGCGUCCUACACUGUAGUGCAAGACCAAGUGAGGAACACCUACCAGCUGUGCACCAACGGCACCAUGAGGGUGAUGUACGCCAACGGGAUGGGCAUCAGCUACCACACGGAGCCGCACAUCCUGGCCGGGUCGGUGAGCCCCACCAUCGGGCGGCGGAACAUCACCCUGCCCACCGACAACGGCCUCAACUCCAUCGAGUGGCGCCUGCGCAAAGAGCUCACCAAGGGAAAAGUCACCGUCUUCGGCAGGAAACUGAGGGCUCAUGGCCGCAACCUGCUCUCCAUUGACUUUGACCGGAACACACGCACGGAGAAGAUCUACGACGACCACCGCAAGUUCACCCUGCGCAUCACCUACGACGCCCAGGGCCGGCCGGCCAUCUGGCAGCCCAGCAGCAGCCUGGCGGUGGUCAACGUCUCCUACUCCACCACCGGCCAGCUGGUGGGGCUCCAGCGCGGCAGCAUGAGCGAGCGGACGGAGUACGACCCCCAGGGGCGCAUCCUCUCCCGCUCCUUCGUGGACGGGAAGGUGUGGAGCUACAGCUACCUGGACAAGUCUAUGGUGCUGCUGCUGCAGAGCCAGAGGCAGUACAUCUUCGAGUUCGACACGACGGGUCGCGUGACGGCCGUCACCAUGCCCAGCGUGGCCCGCCACACCAUGUUCACCCAUGUCUCCAUCGGCUACAUCCGCAACACUUACAACCCGCCAGAGAGCAACGCAUCCGUCAUCCACGACUUCAGCGAGGACGGGCGGCCCCAGGCCAUCCACUUCCUGGGCACGGGCCGACGGGUGCUCUACAAGUACGGCAAGCUGGCCAAACUGGCGGAGGUGCUCUACGACAACACAGCGGUCACCUUCGGCUAUGACGAGACGACCGGCGUGCUUAAGAUGGUCAACCUGCAGAGCGGCGGUUUCUCUUGCACCAUCCGCUACCGCAAGAUGGGACCGCUGGUGGACAAGCAGAUCUACCGGUUCUCCGAGGAAGGGAUGGUGAAUGCGCGCUUCGACUACACGUACCAUGACAACAGCUUCCGCAUCGCCAGCAUGAAGCCUGUGAUCAGCGAGACGCCGCUGCCCGUCGACCUGUACCGAUACGACGAGAUCUCCGGCAAGAUCGAGCACUUUGGCAAGUUCGGCGUCAUCUACUACGACAUCAACCAGAUCAUCACCACGGCGGUGAUGACGUUGAGCAAGCACUUCGACACGCACGGCCGUAUUAAAGAGGUGCAGUACGAGAUCUUCCGCUCGCUCAUGUACUGGAUGACGGUGCAGUACGACAGCAUGGGCCGCGUGGUGAAACGCGAGCUUAAGAUCGGGCCCUACGCCAACACCACACAGUACCGCUACGAGUACGACGGCGACGGGCAGCUCAGCGGCGUCAAGGUGAAUGACUGGUCCACCUGGCGGUACAGCUACGACCUCAACGGCAACCUUCACCUGCUCAACCCUGGCAACAGUAACCGCCUCACGCCACUCCGCUACGACCUACGCGACCGCAUCACGCGGCUAGGCGACGUUCAGUACCGGCUAGACGAGGACGGUUUCCUCAGCCAGCGAGGAUCGGACAUCUUUGAGUACAACUCCAAGGGCCAGCUAGCGAGGGCCUACAGCCGAGGGACCGGAGGAUGGAGUGUUCAGUACCGCUACGACGGGCUGGGCCGCCGCGUGUCCUCCAAGAACAGCCUUGGCCAGCAUCUGCAGUUCUUCUACGCCGACCCCCACCCAGUGCGGGUCACGCACGUCUUCAACCACUCCAGUUCGGAGAUCUCCUCGCUCUACUACGACCUGCAGGGCCACCUGUUCGCCAUGGAAGUGAGCAGCGGUGAAGAGUACUACAUCGCCUCCGACAACACCGGCACACCCCUGGCGGUCUUCAGCAGCAAUGGCCAGAUGAUUAAGCAAGUGCAGUACACGGCCUAUGGCGAGGUGUACCUCGACUCCAAUCCUGAGUUCCAGUUGGUGGUGGGCUUCCAUGGUGGCCUCUAUGACGCACUGACCAAGCUGGUGCACUUCACACAGCGAGACUAUGACGUGCUCGCAGCCCGCUGGACCUCACCAGACUACGGCCUCUGGCGGAAGAUUGGCAAGGAGCUGGCACCAUUCAACCUCUACAUGUUCAAGAACAACAACCCCCUCAGUGACAUGCUGGACGUCAAGAACUAUGUUACAGAUGUAAAGAGCUGGUUGAUAAUGUUUGGUUUCCAGCUCAGUAACAUCAUUGCUGGCUUCCCCAAACAUACUCAGUACUUUGUGGAUCCACCGUAUGAAUUACUGACCAGCCAGGAUGCCGAGAAUGGACAGCUGAUCACAGGGGUGCAGCAGGCUGCAGAGAGACAUAACCAGGCUUUCAUGGCUCUGGAGGGCAAGCUGCUGAACAAGGAGCGUCGGGGCAGACGUGACCGUCCAGGCCACUGGUUCGGCACCAGCACGCCUAUCAUUGGCCGCGGCAUGAUGCUGGCAGUGAAGGAGGGUCACGUGGUGGCGGGUACCUCUGGCAUGGCGAGCGAGGACAGCCGGAAGGUGGCGCUCGUGCUCAACAACGCCAUCUACCUGGAUGGCACGCACUACACAGACGGGCGCGACUGUCACUACUUCGUCAAGGUGGGCUCGGCCGACAGCGACCUGCUGGCACUGGGCCUGACCAACGGGCGCAAGGCACUGGAGAGCGGCAUCAACGUCACCGUGAGCGGACGCUCGCGACGCGGCGUCACCGUGGAGUUCCGCGUGCCCUCGCUCUCGCUCAGCGUCCGCUACGGCCUGGCCACCGACGUAGUGGACGAGGAGCGCGCCCGCUUGCUGGAGCUGGCGCGGCAGAGGGCGCUGGUGGGGGCGUGGGCAAGGGAGCAGCAGCGGGCACGGGAUGAGAAGGAGGGCAGCCGGCUAUGGACAGAGGGUGAGAAGCAGCAGCUGCUGUCACCCGCGGGCAAAGUGCAGGGUUACGACGGGUACUACGUGUUGCCCGUGGAGCAGUACCCAGAGCUGGCAGACAGUAGCACCAAUAUCCAGUUCCUGAGACAGAAUGAGAUGGGGAAGAGGUAACAGACCAGCAGACUUGAAAAUACUCCUUUACGUUUAGCAAUUUCUAGCUUUUUAUCCUCCCCUGCUCUCUCUCUCUCUCUCAUUCUCUCUCCUCUGUCUCUUCGCCGCUCUCUUUCUCUCUCCGCAUUCCACUCUCUCCUUUUCUUUUCUCUCCUGUCCUCACUAUGUACUCACCCCGCCUCUCCCACGGAGAAUAAACAAACUAAUGGGGUAGCACUCUGAACGCUGCAGGGACUUUUAAGAAGAAGAACUCUUAACGAACAAUUAUAAUUACUGCCACUGGCAAAAAAAGUUGAGAUGGAAUCUUAAAAAGACUCUUGUUUUUUUUGUUUUGGGUUUUUUUGGUUCUUUUUCAACAAAAUGGACUUGAAAUAGCACUGUUGAACGUUGGUAAGAAAAAAAACAGACACAGCUGUUGCUUAAAAUGAAGAAUCCCCUUUUUAAAAAAGAAUUGAUAUUUUCGGCCCAUAUUUUUUGGGUUACCAAGAGGAUGUUGGUGACUGUGGUGAAUGUCAACACGACCUUGGCUCCCACAGGUCAAAGGAAAACUCCGGAACUGCUCUAGAAACCAGUCCGUAUGGACAGAUCUGCAAACGAACAACAACGUUAUCAGCAACAACAACUAAAAGAAACUGACCAGAUGGAACAUCAGACUCAGGCCUGACUUUCACAACAACAGAACUGUCAACUGCUGCGGCCCACCAAGAAGAAACCUUUUUUUUUUUAAGAAUAAAACUUAAAAAAAUAUUUAAAAAAAAUAGACGAGCAAAACAGUGAAAGAACUUUUUAGAAAGAAAUUAUAAUAAUAAUAAAAAAAUGAUGGCUAUAUUUGCAGUACAUAAUGUCAAACAUUUGUUAAUUUUUAAAUAGGGAGAAAAAACUGUUAACAUUGUGUCAGCUAGCACUGAAGUUCAGGGUGUACUCUAUAAGCGAUAGUUUGUUCGUCGCGGUAGAAUCGUGAGCCUUUCACCAGAGCACUUCUGUACAGAGAACUUGAAAAAAAAAAAACACACACAUACUCUAGCAAUUUAUCCAGAUAGAAAAAACAAUUGCCAGAAGCUAU